CCAGUACUGACUUCCUCGUAGUCAGGUGUGAGCGCACAACCAGGGCACUCCUUUACGAUCGGACUGCGUUUCCGCACUUUUUACCUGCCUGAAGGAUGGCGGAAGGUCGUGGUAUGGACGCCGACGGAUACUCCCGUCCGCGAAAAUGGGUAGUCGCCGAAGACGCCGGCUAUAUGUUUUCAUAUCCAAGGCGACCGAAUGAUUUGCCGGACAAUUUCCACACAACACACGACGUGAAGGGGUAUGUUCCCAUGGUCUCGACUCAGAACCCUGAGGUUGGCGCCAGGCACAGUGGUGAGAAAGGAUAUGUUGAAAUGAAGUCAGUGGAGCCUGAGUAUGUUAACGUUCCCAGUGGUACUGGGAAAUACGGAAGAGAACAAGUGUAUGGUGCAGCUUCGAUGAACUAUAGCAUUCCAGCGCCCAGGGUUCCCACAGAAGCCCAAAAUGUUACCAAGCACCACGUGUACGUUAACGUCCCCCAGCGGUCUCGUUUGACUAGCGAGGGGGCAGAGUGUUCUUCUGGAGUCAGCGAUGUGUCCGGAUGUUCUCCGGAGUUUGCUUCGCGUUCUCCUGGAGUCAGCGAGUCACUCCGGAGUUCUCCUGGAGUCAGCGAUGUGUCCGGAUGUUCUCCGGAGCUUGUUUCAUGUUCUCCUAGAGUCAGUGAUCUAGAGAGUUCUUCGGAGUUCCUGUCACAGUUGCCUGGUGUCCCUCUCCACCUGACGACCUCUCAACCAAAGAAGCCCUACGAUACGGAUGGAAGAGGAACGGGAGAUACAGUGGCUGACUACCGUCAUGUCGACAUGGACCCGGUCGCAAGAGGGCGUUGCUACCAUGUUUACCGGACACCUGCUUUCGACAAGCUGGAAGAGCAAGGUUACAGAUGCAUCGUUUCCAUCAACGAGACCAGCGCCUCCCGUGCCUUCGGCCUGAGCGGGACGCGCGAGCUGGAAGUGGACAUGGGAACUCCGGCCAUCAUCCUGACACCACGGGCCAGGGAGGGGUCAUCGCCGCCCAUCACCUGGCCCCUCCACUACAUCCGCCGGUACGGUACGGAUGGGGACAGGGUCUUCCGGAUAGAGGCGGGGAGACGCUGUUACCCAGGGCCGGGUAUCUUCACUUUUACGGUCCUCUCUGGGAACAGCCAGGACAUACUGGCCAAAGUAGAGUUGGCAAGCGAGAUGCACUUGAAUGUGACGGAUUAAGAGAACAGCUGAAGACCGACUCCACGGUACAUUGUAUUGUAAGAAAACUGGGUGAAUACAAUAAGCGUUGUAUAACAUCAGCCAAACUUUUAGUUGUAAAUGGAUUGAUGUUUGAUGUGAUUUUCGUUCAACAAGUUAUAUUGUGUAGGUUACAAGAGUAUGUAUAUGGUGUUAGCGUGCCUUCAAACUGUUUAUAAUCCCUUAUUCAUUAUUGUAUCAUAUUUUAAGUAAUCCAUGUAGUAUCAAUUUAUUAUGACAGUCACAGUGAUUAUGAUUUGUUGUCAGAGAUACAAAUGUCGAACACUAACCAAUCAAAUAAGUGGAUACCUGAUACGAUUGUAACAAGCGGGCUGUUUGUUGUUUUUAUUAUGUAUGAACAAACAACACAGGCUGUAAGGAGGCUGGUUUGCCGCUUGGGAUAUUUGCACACAAUAUGUAAUUUGUUACACUGCCAGACUAAAUAAAUGGAGAGCUUUCAUAAUUAUGAAAUGAGCUGUACACCAUAUACCACCGAAUGCAACAAUAAAAUUACUGAGCUAUAGCAGAUUGAAUUGACAAUAUAUACAAAUAUAACAUGCUACAAUUAUGUAGUAGAACCAUACAAAAAAGAAAUCAGCACAACAGUCAUUGUACAUUCAAAGUACGAGCACACGUGCACCAUACACAACCAGUUAACACCAUUCUGUGAGGCUGAAUGUCAACCCCUCUAUGUUGAAUUGUGCACCUCCAUGCUAAAUCCGAGACCUAGAAUGCUCAUUCACACGCAUAUAUUGUGCAGGGAUAUAGCAAUAGCACACACAGGUUAUAGAAAGAUAAAUGAAAAUGUAUCUGAAAGCCUUAGGAGUCAAAUGUAGCUUUAGAUGUCAAAUGUAGGCUCCCCCAUCAUCAACAAAACCCAGAACACAAUGUGCUGGGCAAAAAGUAUUUAAAAAAUGAUAUGUUCAAAUCAAAUCUUUCCCAUAUUUCACAAGCUGGGAUAGAAGCACAAAGAAAUUCUAUUAGAAAGAAAACACCAAGUCUUCCUGAACGAAUAUACGAGCAGUAUACUUUGUCUACUGCGUAAAUACACAUACCAUGCUUGUAGAUGGCAAAACUAAAGCAGAAUGCUAAGCUGAGGAUCUGUACCUAUCACUCCAUGAUGCCACCUAGCAGCUACUACAAGCUCUGCAGCUCAUGUGAUCUUUGAUGUUGACCAACUUUUCUUCAUGAGCAGUGAGUUACUACAACCAUUGUGGACAAUAUUACAAGUUAUCAUUUGCUAUGAAAAUACCUCUUACAAGUCAAAAUUUGUUAGAGAAGACCACUGCUAUAUUCUUUCUAUUGUCUCAAAAGUUGCAACCACUUCGAAAAUUGAAAAGGAAUGUUUGCCAUAGUAUUAUGUAACACCAUGUCCAAGAAAUUUGAAAUAUAAAAAUUCAUUUGUCAACAAAAUUAUAAGACAUUUGUGCGAACUACAAAUGUUAAAAAAUAUUCUAUUGCCUCAUUAAAUGCUUGGAUGCAUAUGAUUUGCCACAGGAUGCCUUAUUCAGCAAUAUUAAAGUUUGACCUGAUGUCUAGUAAGUAACAUUGGCACUUUCACCAACACACCACACUGUCAUCUGUGGUAUUCUUGAAGCAUCUUUCUCUAAUCUACAAGUCUCUACACUUCUCCAUUCAUGAAAUACUGAAAGAACAAAAAUGGUGCUGCUGCUUUCCUAGCAUCACAUCACUCACUUUUACCAUGAAACCACCUAUUGAGUGACUAGUAUCAACUAGUGGAAGUCUAAACAUCCAAACAUUCAAAUCAUUCCAUCCUGAUAAUGUUAUCAUGACACCAAAAAUGAGUCUGCUACUUCUUAUAUCACAAAAAUUAAUUACUCAUUCAUCUUAAGCUUAUGCUCUGUCAAAGACAAUUCUGGGAAU